AUUUGGCCUUUUUGAUAACUUAGACUAUAAUUUAGCCAAAAGUUUGUUGUGAAUGUGAUGUCAAAAGGAAGACCAAAACGAAGAAGAAUCGAAAGCUUUUUUUCUUCAGAGGGAGAGAGAACAAGAAUCUCUCUCAAGUUCGAGCGAAAUGAAGAAGGAAGAGACUGUAAAAUUGAUCAGCGCCGAGGGUUUUGAGUUCGUGAUUCACAAGGAUGCUGCCAUGGUUUCUCAGACGAUUCGAAAUAUGCUUACUUCCCCAGGCAAUUUUGCUGAAUCGCAGCACAGAGAAGUGACUUUUCCUGAGAUUAGCACCACCAUUCUCGAGAAGAUUUGCCAAUAUUUUUACUGGAAUCUUCAAUUCGCCAGUGGGAAAGAGACCGAGUUCCCUAUUGAACCAGAAUUGACUCUUGAGUUGAUGAUGGCUGCCAACUAUCUCCAUACAUGAAAUAUGUAACCUCUCUGCAUUCUUCCACCCGUAAUCAGGAAUACAUACUUGUGGAUGAUAUUGUUGUUUCAUUUCACUCAUUGGAACUCCAUGUCAACUACUGAGCACUGGAUGAUCAUUUAAAGCUGUGGAUUAAAGAAUCUGGAUGUUGAGUACUUACCUAGCCUCACUCAGAUGAGAAAUAGUAUUACACCUAAGCCAUCUUUGUUUCCAUAAUCUUUUGUUUUAAGGAGAUAUUGGUUGAUGGAUCUUCAGAAAUUACAUUUUGGUAAAGUCAUGUGUUGUUGUAGGACUUUAGAUUUUGGCUUAAAGCAUUAAAUCAACUAAUAAACGUUCGAGUCGAAGAAUCACUCUUGGGUCCAUUUUGAUAGAUUCUACUUGAUUGAUUACCUAGAAUGAGUUAGAAUCUCCAAUUUCAUCCAUUGUACUAUUUUAUCAUCUUGGAAGCUCCAUUAUAUUUCAAAAUUAGAACUACUUUUCUCUUCCCCUCUUCAUGGCAAAUGUAAACUAAUAUCUACAUUCCCAAGGACAUUGGCCAUUGAACAUUUUUUGUUUUUUUUAGUACAA